CAAUUCCGUCUGUGGUUGUGAGUGGUGAACGAAACACUUUACAAGCCAAAAUAUUGUCGAAUUUAUUUAGUAGUGCGUUGUUUUAGAAUUAUUUUUUCUAUUGUGUGGUACUUGGCUUAACAGUGGCUGGACUCUAAAAAUCAGCUUUUAUUUUUGUUACUUCAAUUACCGCAACCCAAUUGCGAAAAAGUUGUUACAUCCUUUAUAAACUUUUUCAUCCAGCUGCUCUUGUUGGUAUUUCGGUUGAACUAAAAACGUGAAAAAAAAAACAAGAAGAAAAAGUGCUUCAUUUAUGCCAACUGAAAUUUCGAAACGCAAAAUCAAACAAUAACGAACCGUAGGCGUUGGUUGAAUAGUGCGACACACACAAAAAGUAAAGAAAAAAAUACAUACUUACAUAGACACACACAUAUACAUACAAAUAUUAAAAUAGAACAUUUCCACGGAAACGGAACUAAAAUGGUUUUGAAUGGCAUUUGGCGCGCACAAGCAUUCUACGUACUUUUAACUGUCGCACUGUCGUCAUCGCUGACGCUGAUGCACGUGCAGGCACAGGAACCACGACGUGACGAUAAAUGGCCGCCACCAGCUGUCCUAAAAAUGGCCAAAGUAUUCCAUGACAUUUGCGUUGGAAAGACCGGUGUAACUGAAGAGGCCAUUAAGGAAUUCAGUGAUGGUCAAAUACAUGACGAUGAAGCGCUCAAAUGCUAUAUGAAUUGUCUCUUCCAUGAAAUUGAUGUGGUGGAUGAUAAUGGUGAUGUGCAUUUGGAGACACUUUUUGAUACCGUACCGGGCACUGUGCGCGAUAAGUUGAUAAAUAUGGCAAAGGAUUGUGUGCAUCCGGAAGGUGAUACGCUCUGUCAUAAGGCUUGGUGGUUCCAUCAGUGCUGGAAAAAAGCCGAUCCUGUGCAUUACUUCUUACCUUAAGCCACUAAAUAGGGCUACUAUUGGUUCUCACGUCUGUGCCGACAUUCCAAGGCAUUGACUUAUUGCACCGUUGUCAUCUUAUAAUGCGUAUUGACGAAAGCAAACCUUAGAAAACUGUUGUAUUGGUAUCUAUAUAUAUAGUUUAUGUAGCGUUUCUUUUCAUUUGUUUUAGUCAACUUUUUAUUUUAUUAAAGCAUUACCAAAAUUCAUAA